GGUAGUAGGUAGUAUCGGGUAGAUAUCAUAAUAUCUGAUUCGUGCUCUGUAACCUGUCGAGACCAGAAUAAAAUUCUCCAAACCAAAAUUUAUAUAAAUUCAGCUACAAACAUGAAGAGUGGCAAACAAAAUAUUGGAAUAGUCAAGGGACUUCUCGAGCAGGCCAGCUACAUAGCCAACAGUCUGAACGAGCUGAAUGUCAAAGCAUCUGAGCUAAUCGCGGAGGGAUGGAUUAUCGAUGCUGAAAUCCAGAAUUCAUACAAAUUUCGGGAGGAUCAUUUGGUUAAAUAUCUGGUCGAUCGUGUAGAGGACGAUGAGCAAGUGCAGCUGCUACGCAUGAAUAUACAACUUAAGCGCACCGUAGAUGAAUAUCAAUUGGGAGUGGAAAAGAUAAUGGCCAAGUACAAGGAGCACUGCGAGAGCGAAGUGCUAAAUGAGAGUUUCAAUCUGCGGGAGAAGUAUAUUAACGAUCUGAGUAAAAUUGUCGAGACCCAGGAUGCACGCAUCGCGGAAAUGGCCAAUCUGAUGCUAUCGUGUGCCUUUCUGGUGGAGCAAGACAGUGUGGAAAAUCAAGAGAUUAUGCGUCAACUGCUGGCUGACAAUGAACAGAUGCGUUACCAACUGCAGAUUAGCCAAGCUAUGAAGCAGUUUGUCCAGGGAUCAAAGCCAUCAACUGAGAGCGGCACACAGUUUAAUGAGAAUGAUCUUGACGCUAACUCAGAGUCGACUAGUUUUAGCAGUUUGGAGAGUUUUAUCACUUGUCUAUCGUCAGGCGAAUCGGCCUCAACAGACGGCUCGGUUAUUAGCCAAAUUGAAGUCAAUCGCUUUAUUGAGCAAGCUCUGUCCGAUGUCAAGGUGGAAGCAGUGGCCGAGGAUGGCGAGUUGGAUGUUGUUGCCGAAGCUAAUGUUUGAUAUUAUUCAAUUUUGCUUCUUUAUUAAACUAACGAAAUGAGCAUUUAA